AUGGAACCGGUAGAAAAAUCCCGAUUGUCAUUUUUUUUUUUCCUUUUGUGUCUGUUUGUUUGUUUGUUUGUUUGUUUGUUUGUUUCUUUCUUUCUUUCUUUCUUGUCCUACCUAACUCUCGUUUUCUCUCUCACUGUACGUUCUUUCUUUCUUUCUUUCUUUCUUUCUUUCUUUCUUUCUUUCUUUCUUUCUUUUUUGUCCUACCUAACUCUCGCUGUUUUCUCUCUCCAUGGCUUUUCUUUCUUUCUUUCUUUCUUUCUUUCUUUCUUUCUUUCUUUCUUUCUUUCCCUGCCGUAUGCCAAUGGCUUAGGGGUUCCUUAUUCUCACAACAACACGUACCUCUGCUUCAGGUGUCUGUCUUCGCACUUUUGCAACCGUAUUGGAAUUUCGAGUACAAUCACAGAGGUAGUUUGCUUUCAUUCUGCUUUUCAUGUUGAGGAGACAUUUUAUAUCCGUGUCUGUCUUCACACUUCUUAA